AUGGAAAGACGAAAAGCGCAUCUCUACGAGUCUGUGGACAUAACAGUUGAUGGUGACCUGGAUGAAAGCCCAUACCAACCCUCCCAGGUCGAAGGUAAUCUUACGACGAUGGAAGGACACAGCACCAGCGACGAAAGCAGCGAGCCAGCGAGCUCAAGCUCCAACUCGCGAAGCCCGCAUAGUUCUACAUCCAGCGUACCACCCCGUGCAGAAGACUGGGACCGUACUCUUCGUCAUAUUGGACUCGAGGACUUCGGGAAAGCCCUCGAAAAUGCUGCGAGGGCAGUAUACCCGAAUGGCAAAAUCUCAAGGUAUUCUCGGGUGUAUGUACUUCUGAUUUGCUGGGAGACACAAGACCCGAAAUUACCUGUAGAGUGUGAGAUACGUAGACUUCGCAAUGUGCUAGAAAAUGUCUAUAACUACGAUGUGGAGGAAUUUCGAAUCCCUGACUCCGAAAGUCAUGCAGAAGUCAGCGAAAAAAUCAAUUCGUUUGUCAAAGUCGGCGGCAAUAGCAAUAACGAUCUUAAAAUUGUGUACUAUGCCGGUCACAGCAGACUUUCACGCACAAAGGAGCUCGUCUGGUCUACUCUACCGGAAACGAAGAACGCAAAGUGCUCGAUAGUGAUAUGGAGCGGGAUACAAAGAUCUUUGGAGAUGGCCCGGAGCGACGUCUUAAUUCUGUUGGACUGCUGUUCAUCUGGUGCGGCCCACGCUUCUGAGGGAAGGGGCAUCACCGAAGUGAUUUGCGCAUGUCCAUUUGAUUCCAAAGCAAAUGGAGUGGGACAAUAUUCUUUCACACAAGCGCUCACUACCGAACUGAGACUUCUCAGCAAGAAGCCAGGCUUUUCCGUUGGCGAGCUCUAUACCUCCGUUUAUACCCGAAUGCAAUCCUUCCUAGCACAGGGAAUUGAGAAUGAGCGCUAUCCACCUCCCGUUCACUUUCCCUUUACACAAGAGGAAUUCUUCAGGAGAAGCAUUGUGUUAUCCAUCCAGGAUCCCCAAGUUCGCCGGGGGAGAGAAUCGGAAGCCAACAGUUCCAAACGACUUAGCUUUGAGAAUUCGGAUGAGCUAUGUGGACCAAAGAAGCGCCAUUGCCUUGAAGACCUUUCAAGAUCAAAUACUGAAGAGUCGACUCCACGACUGGAUGAAUCCAACGCACAGAAUGUCCAGGGUGGUGGUACGAGAGCAUCGACAACACCUCAAAAGCAGGGAGGUAGUAAGCAAGAAAAUGGCUGCAAUGAUGUGCGGAGAAGCAUCCCUAAAGACUCGUUGCAUCCACUGGAUGCACCCAGAGCAUUAUUUGCAGUGCGAUUCAAGGACGAUCUACGAGCCGAAGACCUAUCCGUGGAGCUUUUUAGGGACUGGUUGAGAGCAAUUCCAGCAGCGGCGGAAGAAGUUUGCAUUGAAGCCAGUUUCAAAUGUUUCUCGACACUUGUUUUCAUUACCGUACCGCUUUCAAUGCGAGCUUAUAUUCCAGACAAUCCAGCAAUUUUCUACCUUGGCACUGUUCUGUCACCAAUAACACUGCCAUUGAAGAAAAGAGAACUUGAUUCUCUACAAACUAAUGAUGAGGUGGUCUCUCACACUGAGCUCAAAGAAGACAAAGACAUUACGAAACCAGCUUCACGACACCCGAGGCACGACUCGACUGCAAACAAAACUUUUCCAUCUCGUCCAAGAGAUAAGUUUUACUCUCUGGCCGGUAACGCGGGAGGUUCAGAGGACAAACUGAACGACAAUGGCAACGACGGUAUAGUCAUCGCCUCUCCGGUAAUGUGGGACAAUUAUGAUUUCCUGGACUCUCAAAGGUCGUCUCCAGGUCUUCCCGAUCCCUGGUCUCCUGGGAGGUCAGAGAUCUCUGACGAGGCUUUCAAACGUGUUGGGCUCUCUAGCCUCGAGAGUGUUGAUAGCACUGCCCGAGAGCAUCCACUCUAUCACAAUGUUUCCCCUCACUCCGAUGGACUCUACCACUGCCCAUUUGAAGACGACCCGAAAGCGAACUCUUGUCUGCUCCGCCACGAACGCGAGGCCCACGCAAUGCAUGGACACGGUGACAAGCCAUAUCUCUGCACUUAUGAAGGGUGUGAGCGAGCCGUUCCUGGAAACGGGUUCCCCCGCCUCUGGAAUCAACGGGAUCACAUUAAACGCGCUCACAAUGACAAAGACCGGCAGCCCUGUAUAUCUUUCCCCACCCCCCCAACCUCAGGGUCCUCUACCCGGGGCAAGAAGCGCAGAGCAAGUGGCAUCUACUAGUUUUUCGAGAGUUGUGCCAAGAAUUUGGGGGAAAGAUUGCUACUUCAUCGGGU